UGCAGUGACGCGCAGCGAUUGGGUGAGCGCGGAGCUAAACUGUGUUGCACAGUAAAAAAAAAAAAAAUACUCGACACCGAUAACAACAACUACAGCUGCCGCCACACGAGGCUAACUAAAGACACUCCCGCACUUUCCGAGCUGCCGCUGCAAACAUUUCGGAUGUCACAAUGGCAGCAAGGUUCUGUAUUUCAGACAGCGAUUCAGAGCCAGCUGAUGAGGUUGAAGAAGGAGAAAUGAAACAAUCGUUUACUGAACCUGAGCAGCAUUUUUCUCAGCGGCACAACCUCACGCUUCCUGAACUCAGAACAUCAGCAACUGGUCGAAUCAGGCUGAACUCAGAGUCCCAUGCUUCCACUGUUUCAAGAGAUGAGGAGCUCCUGGCCAAGGGGGACGAUGGAGCCGGUACACCCACUGAGGGCGCUCCAUUCCGGGGACGUUCAAAGUCGGCUCCUCCUGCACUGUGGGCGGCAAGGAAAUAUGGCCAGCGGCUGCGAAGGAUGAGCGAUGAGUUUGACAGUCUGCUAGACAAAGGGACGAUGAGGAAGGUGAAUAGCACUGGGUCGGCCAAACAGAUGCACCACUCUAAAAGCUGGUGGAGCUACCUCUUCAGUCACCAGGAGCUAGAAGGAGAAAACAACCAUCAUGAGAACCACACUCACCGUACUGAGUAGGCACUGGGAAUGGGAAUCAGUGGGAAGGAGGCGAGAGCAAUGGAGGAAGCCACAAGAACAAUUGUGACGAGAACAAUGAGACCUGCGCUGAGUAUGAACGUGGGAAAGGUUGGUUUGAUCAAGAUCGAAAACAUAAUGGCAUGACCACUCGAGACGAGCAGUAGAGCUGAGGUCUAAGCUCACAGUCAUGUCAUUUUUAGACACCAGUGGUAACUAAAUUUCUAUACAUUUUGUGGUUUUGUUGGUUGUGAUGUAAAGAACACUGUGAAAUGGUAAAAUGUGAGACAAGACUGUCGGCUAUUUGAACGCCAUACAAAUGAUGACAGAAUCACAGUAAAGGAAUAUAAGCAAGGGAUUUGAAAGGUGACCACUCAGUAAACAGAUGCUUAAAAUGUUCACUUGUCUCUCACGUCAACUUUAUGCAAUAUACUGUAGAUGGAGAGAUACGUGAUCUGAAAGUGAACAUGUGACUAUGUGAGGCCGCCUUGAGUGCUGUUAGAACUUCCUUCUUUCUUCAUUUGUGUAAGGUGAUGUGUUUGCUAAUGCAGGUUUCAAUCCAAAUAUUGGUGCUUUGAAUUGUAAAAGUCAAGAUCACUGUAUUGUGUGCCAAAAUAAUCUUCAGGCAACCGAAGAGAGAGAGAUUAUAAAAGGAAGGAUUUUCAACAGGAUUCAACUUGGGGCCCUUUAUUCAGCUUCCUGUUAUGCUCCCUGCAAAACAGAACCAUUUCCACCACUGUACUUGACUAUCAUUAACUGCUUUAUAUCUCAAAUUUGUCAAAAGAACAAUCUUGAACACAGACAAUCUCUGACAAUGCAGAAAUAAUAUCUUUUGUACAACUUCAGGGUUAGAUUAUAUCUGAAGAAAAUCACAUUAAACAUACAUAUUUUAAAAAAAAGCACAAAACAAUAUGAAUCUAUCUUUUUAAAGCCUUGGAUGAGCAAAAAAGAACUUUGUAAUUUUUAUGUGUACAUAUUUUGUUAAUAUAUUAUCAAAUGGCAUUGGAAAAAAGGUUAUAUACACAAUGUGGGUUAGAAAAUUAGUAAUUUUACAAGGUUGCCAUGCUAUUUAAGUCUGGUCAACCUAGCAAUAGGCAGUGUACAAUCUAUGGCUGUUGUGAUUCAUGUUAUGUGCAUAUUUAAAGCUGUUGUUGGGGAUGGAUUAACUGCUGUACAAUGAUAAACCACACUAGCCUUUGGGCCCAUUUACUCAGCACCAAGUGCAUAAACAGGAUAUAUGAGUUCAGUCCCAUUUUAACACAGGUGUAAACUACUUUGAUUUGUUUGUUCAGGAGAAUUCUUGUCAAGAGUAGAAACGCAAUUGUUGAAAUGUGUUUUUCACUUUGGAGGUGAGAAAUAAAACAUCCAGGCUUUUGAAGAUUGCAGGGCACAAUAAUACCUAUAUGAAAGUUAUUUUUCACAUUAAUUAUAAUAAUAAAUUCAGAUCUGCACUCCUCCGUAGCUUGGUGAAUAAUAAGGCUAUUUGUGAUUUGUCUAUGGAAAAUGUGAUUCUGGAAAUGGUAAUAGGUUUGUCCUCCUUGUGUCUUAUUCUCUGGACGUGUAGGGUUGAGUUGUUAAGUGUUUGGGGGUGCAGGUUAAGUUAAGGGCUGUGUUUGUAUUGUCUUGAUACUCAAAAAAAGAAAAAAAAAAUAUGUAUAGCCUCUGCUAAACCUGUUGAAAGACAAUUUUUUAAUCAGACAUUAUGACAAUCUGAAUGAGCAGCCUUUUUUAAGAUUGAUCCAAUUGUACUGAAGGUUUUUUGACUGAUUCUUUUUUUAAUUUCCUUUUACAAUGAAUUAGUAUCUGGUUUAAAAAAAAAAAAAUGCUGUUCAAUUGAAAGCACAUACUGCUACCUAACAAGUGACUCCACAGUCAUGUGAUAUCUGAUAUGAACCGGGAAAACAGGACUGAGUUUAAGUACAUGUGAUAAGAAAUACUUUUAACACGUCACUUCCAGUAGGUCUCCUUACAAAGGCAGCACAGUCUGCUGAUUGAGAAUACAUGCAAGUUGUUCAUACUAGCAUUAUACUCUUAUCAACUGCCUUGAACAUGCUGUGACCCGUGAGGUGACACUGCAGAACCAGACUUGCCUGUACUCAAUCACCGCCUUAAACCUUUUACAGCUCUCUGCCACAGAUUUACACUCAAGAGGAAGCACAGAAAGGCAGAGGUGUGUUUACCGUCAGAACUACGAGAAAACGUCACAAUUGCUCGUCUCGACUUUCCAUUUCAGUAGAAGUCGUGUGACCACUAAUGGUUUUGACAGGGAGCGCACACCCACCUCUGCCUGGGCACCUGGAGUUUCGGAACCAUCCUUAGUGUUAUUACUUGAAUCUGGAGACGUGUUUGAACAAAACUGAUUUUUUAAAAUCCUUUUUCAUUUUUUAUGGACUUUUGUAAAUGUAUUUUCUCUACGGCUGUCCAGCUUCUGGUAUAUGCUGUCCUGAAUAAAACAUUUUUAAGAGUG